CGAGGAGGACCCAUCCUAACAUUUCCAGCACGAAGCAAUCAUGACAGAAUAAGACAAGAAGACCUUCGAAAACUCGUGACUUACUUGGCUAGUGUGCCGAGUGAAGAUGUCUGCAAACGAGGGUUCACAGUCAUAAUUGAUAUGAGGGGCUCUAAAUGGGACCUGAUCAAGCCUCUCCUGAAGACUCUACAGGAAGCCUUCCCUGCAGAAAUUCACGUUGCCCUGAUAAUCAAGCCCGAUAAUUUCUGGCAGAAGCAGAAGACAAAUUUUGGAAGUUCAAAAUUUAUCUUUGAGACAAGUAUGGUGUCUGUCGAAGGCCUAGCAAAGCUGGUCGAUCCCUCCCAGCUAACAGAAGAGUUUGAAGGAUCCUUGGAUUACAAUCAUGAUGAAUGGAUAGAGUUGAGGGUCUCAUUGGAAGAGUUUUUCAACAGUGCCAUCCAUUUGUUGUCUAGGCUAGAGGACCUCCAGGAAAUGUUGGCUAGGAAAGAAUUUCCAGUGGACGUUGAAGGCUCAAGAAGGCUGAUAGAUGAACACACACAGCUGAAGAAGAAAGUGAUUAAAGCUCCAGUGGAAGAACUGGACCGUGAGGGUCAGCGGUUGUUGCAGUGCAUAAGGUGCAGUGAUGGUUUUUCCGGUAGGAACUGCAUUCCUGGCAGUGCAGACUUCCAAAGCCUUGUGCCAAAGAUCACUAGUCUUUUGGACAAACUGCAUUCAACACGGCAACACUUGCACCAGAUGUGGCAUGUCCGCAAACUGAAACUGGACCAAUGCUUUCAACUCCGACUUUUUGAGCAAGAUGCAGAAAAGAUGUUUGACUGGAUCAGCCACAACAAAGAAUUGUUCCUGCAGAGUCACACUGAAAUUGGAGUGAGCUACCAACAUGCCCUUGAUUUACAGACACAGCACAACCACUUUGCUAUGAACUCCAUGAAUGCCUAUGUGAAUAUCAAUCGCAUCAUGUCAGUCGCAUCUCGGCUUUCAGAAGCGGGUCAUUAUGCUUCGCAACAAAUUAAGCAGAUCUCCACCCAGCUAGAUCAAGAAUGGAAGAGCUUUGCUGCAGCCCUGGACGAGCGCAGCACCAUUCUGGCCAUGUCUGCUGUGUUCCAUCAGAAGGCUGAACAGUUCCUUUCGGGUGUAGACGCCUGGUGCAAAAUGUGCAGUGAAGGAGGCCUCCCAUCAGAAAUGCAAGACCUGGAACUGGCCAUCCAUCAUCAUCAGUCCCUAUAUGAGCAGGUCACCCAGGCCUACACUGAGGUAAGCCAGGAUGGAAAGGCUUUGCUGGAUGUCCUGCAGCGUCCCUUGAGCCCUGGGAACUCUGAAUCUCUCACUGCCACCGCUAAUUAUUCCAAGGCUGUUCACCAGGUUUUGGAUGUGGUCCAUGAAGUCUUGCAUCACCAGCGUCGUUUGGAGAGCAUCUGGCAGCAUAGGAAGGUCCGGUUACAUCAGAGGCUUCAGCUUUGUGUUUUCCAGCAAGAUGUUCAGCAGGUGCUGGACUGGAUUGAAAACCAUGGGGAAGCCUUUCUCAGCAAACACACUGGAGUGGGAAAGUCCCUUCACAGGGCACGAGCUCUUCAGAAGCGACAUGAUGACUUUGAAGAAGUAGCACAGAACACCUACACUAAUGCAGACAAGCUACUGGAAGCUGCAGAGCAGUUGGCUCAGACUGGGGAGUGUGACCCUGAAGAGAUCUACAAAGCAGCACGGCAUCUUGAAGUGCGGAUUCAGGACUUUGUCAGAAGAGUAGAACAGAGAAAACUCCUUUUAGACAUGUCUGUCUCCUUCCACACUCAUACCAAAGAGCUGUGGACAUGGAUGGAAGAUCUGCAGAAAGAGCUCUUGGAAGAUGUCUGUGCAGACUCUGUGGAUGCUGUUCAGGAACUCAUUAAGCAGUUCCAGCAACAACAGACGGCUACCUUAGAUGCAACCCUCAAUGUCAUCAAGGAAGGUGAAGACCUAAUUCAGCAGCUCAGGGAUUCAGCUGUUUCUAACAAUAAAACGCCGCACAAUAGCUCUAUCAGCCACAUUGAAUCCGUCCUUCAGCAGCUUGAUGAAGCCCAAGUACAGAUGGAAGAACUCUUCCAUGAGAGAAAGAUUAAACUAGACAUUUUUCUUCAGCUUCGGAUUUUUGAACAAUAUACCAUUGAGGUGACGGCUGAGUUAGAUGCCUGGAAUGAGGACUUGCUAAGGCAAAUGAAUGAUUUCAAUACUGAGGACCUGACUCUGGCAGAGCAGCGUCUGCAGCGGCACACUGAACGGAAGCUGGCUAUGAACAACAUGACCUUUGAGGUCAUCCAGCAAGGACAAGAUUUGCACCAGUACAUCAUGGAAGUCCAGGCCUCAGGCAUUGAACUGAUCUGUGAAAAGGACAUUGAUUUAGCGACACAAGUGCAAGAGCUGCUGGAGUUCCUUCAUGAGAAGCAGCAGGAGCUGGAGCUCAAUGCUGAUCAGACACACAAGCGGCUAGAACAGUGCCUUCAGCUCCGGCACCUGCAGGCAGAAGUCAAGCAGGUGCUUGGCUGGAUUCGGAAUGGAGAGUCAAUGCUCAAUGCCAGCCUUGUCAAUGCGAGUUCCCUGUCAGAAGCUGAGCAGCUCCAGAGAGAGCAUGAGCAGUUCCAACUGGCUAUAGAGUCCCUCUUUCAUGCCACUUCCUUGCAGAAGACGCACCAGAGUGCCCUGCAGGUUCAGCAGAAGGCAGAGGUGCUGCUGCAGGCUGGGCACUACGAUGCCGACGCCAUCAGAGAAUGUGCAGAAAAGGUGGCAAUGCACUGGCAGCAGCUCAUGCUAAAGAUGGAGGACCGGCUGAAGCUGGUUAAUGCAUCUGUGGCCUUUUAUAAAACAUCAGAGCAGGUUUGCAGCGUGCUGGAGAGUUUGGAGCAGGAGUAUCGAAGAGAUGAAGACUGGUGUGGAGGCCGGGAUAAGCUUGGGCCAGCAUCUGAGAUAGAUCACGUCAUCCCCUUAAUCAGCAAACAUCUGGAACAGAAGGAAGCCUUUCUCAAGGCCUGCACUCUAGCACGAAGGAAUGCAGAAGUGUUUCUCAAGUACAUUCACCGAAACAACGUCAGCAUGCCAGGGGUGGUGAGCCAUACAAGGGGACCUGAGCAACAAGUUAAAGCCAUUCUGAGUGAGCUGCUGCAGAGAGAAAACAGAGUUCUUCAUUUCUGGACAUUGAAAAAACGAAGAUUAGAUCAGUGCCAGCAGUACGUGGUCUUUGAGCGCAGUGCUAAACAGGCCUUAGACUGGAUCCAAGAAACAGGAGAGUAUUAUCUCUCUACUCAUAACUCCACGGGGGAAUCAGUAGAGGAAACUCAGGAACUUCUGAAAGAAUACGGGGAAUUCAAAGUACCUGCCAAGCAAACCAAGGAGAAAGUGAAGCUUCUCAUUCAGCUGGCUGAUAGCUUUGUAGAGAAAGGACAUAUUCAUGCCACUGAAAUUAGAAAAUGGGUUACCACCGUUGACAAACGCUAUCGAGACUUCUCGUUGAGGAUGGGGAAAUAUCGCUACUCUUUGGAGAAAGCUCUUGGAAUCAAUACAGAGGAUAAUAAGGACCUGGAGUUGGACAUCAUCCCAGCAAGUCUGUCAGAUCGUGAGGUGAAGUUACGUGAUGCCAAUCAUGAGGCUAAUGAAGAAAAAAGGAAGUCAGCCAGAAAGAAAGAAUUCAUCAUGGCUGAACUGCUUCAGACUGAGAAGGCAUACGUCAGGGAUUUGCAUGAAUGUUUAGAGACAUACCUUUGGGAGAUGACAAGUGGAGUGGAGGAGAUACCCCCAGGGAUUCUUAACAAAGAGCACAUAAUUUUUGGCAACAUCCAGGAGAUUUAUGACUUUCAUAAUAACAUUUUUCUGAAAGAACUAGAAAAAUACGAACAGCUCCCUGAAGACGUGGGCCACUGCUUUGUCACCUGGGCAGAUAAAUUUCAGAUGUAUGUCACCUACUGCAAAAACAAGCCGGAUUCCAGCCAGCUGAUCCUGGAGCACGCAGGAACAUUCUUCGAUGAAAUCCAGCAAAGGCACAGCCUGGCCAACUCCAUUUCCUCCUACUUAAUCAAACCUGUCCAAAGGAUAACCAAGUACCAGCUUUUAUUAAAGGAGCUCUUAACAUGCUGUGAAGAAGGGAAAGGAGAACUCAAGGAUGGUUUGGAGGUGAUGCUGAGUGUCCCCAAGAAAGCCAACGAUGCCAUGCAUGUCAGCAUGCUGGAAGGGUUUGAUGAAAACUUGGAUGUUCAGGGAGAACUAAUCCUUCAGGAUUCCUUCCAAGUAUGGGAUCCCAAGUCUCUUAUCCGGAAGGGUCGUGAGAGGCACUUGUUUCUCUUCGAAAUCUCUCUUGUUUUUAGCAAAGAGAUCAAAGAUUCUGCAGGACACACAAAAUAUGUUUACAAGAACAAAUUACUGACUUCAGAACUGGGAGUGACGGAGCAUGUGGAAGGAGAUCCCUGCAAGUUUGCCUUAUGGUCUGGGCGGACUCCCUCCUCAGAUAACAAAACGGUGCUGAAAGCAUCCAGUAUUGAAACAAAACAAGAAUGGAUUAAAAACAUCCGGGAAGUGAUACAGGAAAGGAUGAUACACUUAAAAGGAGCUUUGAAAGAGCCAAUACAGCUCCCCAAGACUCCAUCAAAGCAGAGAAACAACAGUAAGAGAGAGGGAGGAGAAGAUGCCGACAGUCAAGGAGACGGGAGCAGUCAGCCCGACACCAUUUCAAUUGCAUCCCGGACCUCUCAGAAUACAGUGGACAGUGACAAGCUGUCUGGAGGAUGUGAACUGACGGUGGUGCUGCAGGACUUCACUGCCACCCAUAGCAGCGAGCUGAGUAUCCAGGUGGGACAAACUGUGGAGUUACUAGAAAGACCCAGUGAAAGGCCAGGCUGGUGUUUGGUCCGUACAACAGAGCGGAGUCCUCCUCAGGAAGGCCUGGUCCCCAGCAGCACUCUCUGCAUCUCUCAUUCACGGAGCAGUGUGGAGAUGGACUGCUUCUUCCCUUCAGGGAAAGAUGGCUAUUCUGGCUCCUCUAAUGAAAAUGGAGGGAAGUCUGAAUCGGUGGCAAACUUACAGCCUCAGCCAUCCCUCAAUUCCAUCCAGAGCUCACCUGGUCCAAAGCGUUCAACCAACACCCUGAAAAAAUGGUUAACAAGCCCUGUCCGUCGGCUGAACAGUGGAAAAGCAGACAGUAACAUCAAAAAGCAAAAAAAAGUACGUGAAGGAAGGAAGAGUUUCGAUUUGGGAUCCCCCAAGCCUGGAGAUGAGACUACACCUCAGGGAGACAGUGCCGAUGAGAAGAGCAAGAAAGGUUGGGGCGAAGAUGAACCAGAUGAAGAAUCUCAUACACCACUCCCUCCUCCUAUGAAGAUUUUUGAUAAUGAUCCCACACAAGAUGAAAUGUCCUCCUCUUUGCUAGCUGCUCGACAGAGCACCUCCGAUGUCCCCACUGCUGCGGAUCUUGUCAGUGCAAUAGAAAAACUGGUCAAAAGCAAGCUGACAUUAGAAGGAGGCUCCUACCGAGGAAGCUUAAAAGAUGCUACUGGAUGUUUGAAUGAAACUGUGACACCUUCAACUCCUCCUUCAAGAAACCUUGAAGAGGAACAAAAAGCCAAAGCUAUGCGAGGCAGAAUGUUUGUUUUAAAUGAACUAGUACAAACGGAGAAAGACUACGUCAAAGACUUAGGAACUGUGGUGGAGGGAUUCAUGAAAAGAAUAGAAGAAAAGGGUGUCCCUGAAGAUAUGAAAGGGAAAGAUAAGAUGGUAUUUGGAAAUAUUCACCAGAUUUAUGAUUGGCACAAAGACUUUUUUCUAGCUGAACUGGAAAAGUGCCUUCAGGAGCAUGACCGAUUAGCACAGCUGUUCAUCAAGCAUGAGAGGAGAUUACACAUGUAUGUGGUGUACUGUCAAAACAAACCAAAAUCUGAAUAUAUAGUAGCGGAAUAUGGUCCGUAUUUUGAGGAAGUGCAACAAGAAAUAACCCAGCGGCUAACUCUCAGCGACUUCUUAAUCAAACCCAUUCAAAGAAUAACCAAGUACCAGCUUCUGCUCAAGGACUUCCUAAAAUACAGUGAAAAAGCUGGGCUGGAGUGUUCAGAGACAGAGAAAGCUGUGGAGUUAAUGUGCCUUGUUCCUAAACGCUGCAAUGACAUGAUGAACCUGGGCCGCCUUCAGGGCUUUGAGGGCAAGCUCGCAGCUCAAGGGAAGUUGCUGCAGCAGGAUACAUUCUAUGUAACGGAGCAGGAUUCUGGCGGGCUGUCUCGACCAAAGGAACGCAGAGUUUUCCUCUUUGAGCAAAUUGUCAUCUUGAGUGAACUUCUUAGGAAAGGCUCUUUAACACCUGGGUACCUUUUUAAACGGAGUAUAAAGAUGACUUACCUAAUUCUCGAGGAGAAUGUGGACAAUGAUCCCUGCAAAUUUCUUCUGAUAAACCGGGAAACGUCAGAGAGGUUCACCUUGCAGGCAGCCAAUCCUGAAAUCCAGCAAGCUUGGGUGCAGGACAUCAAUCAAGUAUUGGACACACAAAGGGACUUCUUAAAUGCACUACAGUCACCUAUAGAGUAUCAGCGAAAAGAGAGCACUUCUGCAGUAAUGAGACCCCAGACCAGCAGGGUACCUCAGCCUAUCACCAGGCCCUAUUCCUCAGGUCCAGUAGGGUCUGACAAACCUUUGAAGGCUACAAUGCAUAACCCGUCUCUGCCACCUCUGAAGAUAUCUACCUCCAAUGGCAACACAGGGCAUGAGCAGCACCAGCCUGGGGACAAAUAUGAACAAAGCAAGAAUGACUCGGGUGGGUGCAAUGGGACCUCUUCCAUGGUGGUUAUCAAAGAUUACUAUGCACUGAAAGAGAAUGAAAUCUGUGUCAACCAGGGUGAGGUGGUCCAAGUACUUGCCAUUAACCAGCAGAACAUGUUCCUUGUGUAUCAGCCUGCCAAUGACCAUUCACCAGCAGCAGAAGGAUGGAUCCCAGGGAAUAUCUUGGCUCCCCUCACUAAAUCAGCUACAGAUAAUAGCGACGGAAGCAUAAAGAAGUCAUGUUCAUGGCAUACCCUGCGCAUGAGAAAGCGGGCGGAAAAAGAAAGUGGCAAAACAGAAGCCAAUGGCCUACGUAAACCCAUGGAUAUUCUGGGCAACAAAGUCUCUGUUAAAGAGACAAACAGUUCAGAGGAGUCAGAAUGUGAUGACCUUGACCCCAACACUAGCAUGGAGAUCAUCAACCCAAACUUCAUUCAGGAAGUUGCUCCAGAGUUUCUUGUGCCCUUAGUGGACAUCACGUGCUUGCUUGGUGAUACAGUAUUAUUACAGUGUAAGGUGUGUGGACGGCCAAAGCCAACCAUAACCUGGAAAGGACCAGAUCAAAACAUUCUGGACAAUGACAACAGUACAGCUGCGUAUGCAGUUUCCUCCUGUGAUUCAGGUGAAAUCACUCUGAAGAUCUGUAAUGUCAUGCCCCAGGACAGCGGUAUCUACACGUGUGUGGCAACAAAUGAACUUGGAACAGCAUCCACUUCUGCUACCAUCAAAGUACAAGGUGUCCCAGCAGCCCCAAAUCGCCCUAUCGCUCAGGAAAGAAGCUGCACCUCCGUGAUUCUUCGCUGGCUGCCUCCAUCCAGUACUGGAAACUGUACUAUUUCUGGUUACACAGUGGAGUACAGAGAAGAAGGAUCACAGGUCUGGCAGCAGUCUGUUGCCUCAACUUUGGACACCUACCUUGUCAUUGAAGAUCUCACACCUGGCUGCCAAUAUCAGUUCCGAGUCAGCGCCAGCAAUCCUUGGGGAAUUAGUUUACCUAGUGAGGCCUCUGAGUUUGUGAAACUUCCAGAGUAUGACUCUGCAGCAGAUGGAGCCACUGUUACAUGGAAGGAGAACUUUGACCUGGCGUAUGCAGAGUUGAAUGAGAUUGGCAGGGGACGAUUUGCUGUCGUAAAAAAAUGUUUCCACAAAGCAACUAGGAAGGAUGUCGCAGUGAAAUUCAUCAAUAAAAAAAUGAAGAAGAAGGAGCAGGCAGCACAUGAAGCAGCCAUGUUGCAACAUUUGCAGCAUCCACAGUACAUUACUAUUCAUGAUAUCUAUGAGUCACCUUCCUGCUAUAUCUUAGUUUUAGAACUGAUGGAUGAUGGUCGUCUCUUGGACUACCUUAUGAAUCAUGAUGAACUUAUGGAGGAGAAAGUAGCUUUCUACAUAAGAGACACAACAGAAGCCUUACAAUACCUUCACAAUUGUCGGGUGGCUCAUUUGGAUAUAAAGCCAGAAAACCUGCUCAUUGACUUGAGGAUCCCUGUGCCUCGUGUUAAGUUGAUAGACCUAGAAGAUGCUGUUCAAAUUACAGGGCAUUAUCAUGUCCAUCACCUCCUCGGAAAUCCUGAAUUUGCUGCUCCAGAGGUUAUCCAAGGUGCCCCUGUUUCACUAAGCACAGAUAUCUGGAGCCUAGGCGUGCUUACCUAUGUCAUGUUGAGUGGUGUCUCACCCUUCUUGGAUGAAAGCAGAGAGGAGACUUGCAUCAAUGUAUGUCGGGUGGAUUUCAGCUUCCCUAAUGAGUACUUCUGUGAUGUAAGCCAUGCUGCCAGAGACUUCAUUACUGUAAUCCUUCAAGAAGACUUCAGGAGGAGGCCAACGGCAGCCACUUGCUUGCAGCACCCUUGGCUGCAGUUUCACAAUGGCAGUUAUUCCAAAAUGCCACUGGAUACCUCACGCCUGGCUAGUUUUAUUGAACGUCGCAAACACCAGUUUGAUGUGCGUCCAAUUCCCAAUGUUAAGAGUUUCAUAAUGAGCAGAAUGAACCCAGGCACAUAACGCAAUAUAUGACGUGACGAUGAAGUGUGAUAGGGUAUG